AUGUCUGACACAAUGGCUGGCUUAACUAUUUUAAUCAUAUUUUUGGGUACACUAACGAUUCCGGGUAUAGAUGCAGCUUGUAGCGCAUUGUAUGAUCAAUGUGGUGGCAACGACUGGAAAGGUCCGAAAGAAUGUUGUUCUAAUACAAAAUGUAUCAAGCAGAAUGAAUAUUACUCUCAAUGUCUUCCGGGGGAUGGAGGCGCGAGCACAACACAAGCAACGACAAAUAAACCAACUGGACCCACUGACUCAUCUCGUGCUAAUGGUAAGACAACUCGCUAUUGGGAUUGUUGUAAGGCCUCUUGUGGAUGGGCCGGAAAAGCUAUGGUAUCAUCGCCUGUUCAGACAUGUCAAGCAAAUGGCGUUGCAGCUGUUGGCAUCAAUGAACAAAGUGGAUGUAAUGGUGGUAAUGCUUACAUGUGCAAUAAUCAACAACCGUGGGCUGUUAAUGAUAAGUUGUCAUACGGAUUUGCUGCCGCUUAUAUCACAGGUCAGAAAUUACUAUCAACAAUAAACCUUUUUUUUUUGACAAGAUGUAUGGCAUGGUCAGCUACCCUAGUAGAUGUAGUUAAAGCCCCUCCCCUCAGCUUUAAUGAUUCUUGGUCGAUAAAUCGAUUUCUAGAUAAUUAUGUGGGGAGAUAG